CAACAGGCGUGAAAAAACAACGCGUGUUGAAAGCAACAAAAAGGGAACAGAAAUGGGUGCUGUUAUGAAAUUUUUAAUUUCUGGAUUUAUUAUAACAACGGCAUGCAUUGUGUUUUCAGUAUCGACGUGUAGUGAUGACGUCAUUGAUCUGAACGCUACUGCCGACCCAGCUGGUUUGUUCUCGCCCAGUUAUCCAUAUUUCUAUCCUAGCAAUUUGACAUGUCGCUGGCGCAUCACGGCCGUCAACGAAAGAGACCGGGUAUACCUGUACAUCGUAACAGUAGACUUGGACAACCGAAAGGAAACCUGUGAAGACAGUCUAGUUGUCUAUGACGGUUACAACCAAUCGUCCAACCACCUGCGCCGAUGGUGUGGUCGGGGUGACAGUGACGUCACACUGAAGAGUAGCGGUGAUACGGUGUACGUCGUGUUUACGUCAGACACAGAGGGCGCUGCGAAAGGAUUCGGGAUUCACUACAGAGCAGGGCGCGACAAAAUCUGCUAUGGCGGUGUACACGAGUUGGCCGAUGCGACGAGAGAACUGACGUCGACCACGUUAGAUGUGACAUAUUUUGAUGAACAGCCCAAGACCGGCGUGUGUUUAUUUCGGAUACGGGCCGCUACUGGUUACGAAAUACGGAUCACGAUUUCAGGAAAUAAUUUUGAUUCCAACUCUGCAGACGGAUGCAACGAAACGUACCUGGUCGUAUACGAUGGACUCACUAAAGGCGAGCACACACUGGGCACGUUCUGUGGUGACGUGGAACACGACAAAUCAACGUUUACAACUUCCGGUAGAUAUCUGUUCAUGGAAUUAGUGACAGGACCCGGCAACGGAAUAGUGAAUAUGGUGCUGGAAUAUUACCAAUACAAAGACGUUUCGAUGUGUCGGGGGAGGAUCAGUCUACAGGCGUCGUAUAACGAACAGAGGAUGACGUCACCCAACUUCCCACUCGACUACGGACCGGGAUUAAACUGCUCGUAUUUAAUCAACACAGAUGAAGACAAGCGUCUGUUCAUUGAGAUUUACACACAGCUACCAGCGGACUGCAGUGACCAGGUCGUCCUGUUUGACGGGAACUCCACAUCCUCUGACGUCCUGACCCAGCUCUGUGGUGACAGCAGCACGACACUCAACAGCUCCAGUCACCAGCUUCUGGUCCUCUUCCUGUCAGACUCACACGUCAACGAGGGCGGAUUCCAGAUCAUCUAUCGCAUUGCGGGGAAACGUCCAACAGUGUUUGAAGUUACAAAACAGGCGUGGCCUCUCAUCUUGACGAUCGUUGGGACUGUCAAUCUUAUAGCCGUCGUGUUGUUCAUUGUGUUUUGCAUUUGGUUACGCCUCCAUAAGAAACGUACAGCUGAAAGUAAAGACAUUCUUAUUGAAAAGUCAUGAAGGAUCAUACAUUGGUUUUCGUCAGAAAGGAAAGACCUCUAGAAACCAGUUGCGGAUAAAAAAAAAAAUCCAUUUAGGGGGGCCCCAAUGACAUGAAACGGAAUGCCAAUGGAACUUUGGGGGAGGUUUGGAGGAGAUCGUAAAAAAAAUGAAAAUUUAUAUAUAAUAAAAUUAUAACUGUCGCAAAAUUUAGGGGGCGGGUCGGGCCCCUAGGCCCCGCUAGAUCCGCCUCUGGAUACCCAUUCUUAAGGACAACUAUUGGAAAAAGACAUUAGUCAAAGACCCAAGCAUGAAGAAAAACAUGACAAAAACAAAUAAGGUUUUUUGUAUCAAAGGUAGUUCUCCGUUUAUUAACAUAUAGUUUAAGUGUAAUUUCGUACACACCCGUUAACGAGAGACCGGCCUCGGUGGCGUCGUGGUUAGGUCAUCGGUCUACAGGCUGGUAGGUACUGGGUUCGGAUCCCAUUCGAGGAAUGGGAUU